AUCCCAAACACCGUCACUGCCUUGUCGAUGAGAGCAAUACCUUUGUCCAUGACCUUGUUUCUGCCAUCUUUUUCGGUUUGGUUCGGUUCUUGCUCACCCCUAUUAUAUAUCACUAUUACUGAGAGGAUUUAGUGUAUAGAUAAAAAGAAAAUAUGAUAGUUUUGACUUCAAGUUGUGUAUUUGCGUGCUUCGUAUUGAUAUUUGUCGUCAAAUUCUUAUAUGAUGUAUGGUUGAAUCCAAUCCGAAUACAGAGUUCACUUAGGUCACAGGGAAUUAGAGGCCCUGCUUACAGAUUCUUUUAUGGAAAUUCACAAGAGUUAAUGAAUAUGAGAAACGAAGCCUUGCGCAGUUCAGCAGAAUUAUCGUCCCAUCAAAUGCUACCUAGAGUGCAGCCUCACAUUCAUUUCUGGACCAGGCUAUAUGGGAAGAACUAUGUGAGUUGGAUAGGUUCUCGUCCACAGCUGAUAGUUACUGAACCGGAUUUGGUUAAAGAGGCACUCUGCAAUAAACAUGAAAUGUACCCAAAACCAAAGUUUGAAUCUUAUAUGAAACAACUCUUUGGGGAUGGACUUGUAACUACUAAAGGAGAUAAAUGGCAUCGGCAGCGUAAACUGGCCAAUCAUGCAUUUCAUGGAGACAACUUAAAAGGCAUGAUUCCAGCAAUGAUCUUAAAUGUGGAGAUAAUGCUGGAGAGAUGGAGACAGAACGCAACAGGCAAUGACAUUGAUGUGUACAAAGAAUUCAAGCUAUUAACAUCUGAAAUUAUUUCUAGGACUGCCUUUGGAAGCAGCUAUUUGGAAGGGCAGCAGAUUUUUGACAUGUUAGGGAAGCUCACUCUUAUCCUUCACAGAAAUAGUUAUCGAGUUAGAAUUCGCGCAAUAGAAAAAUUUUGGAAACCAAGAGAUGACAUUGAAUCAGAAAAACUGGAGCAAGGGAUCCGCGAUUCGGUAUUACAGAUGAUAAAAAAGAGAGAAGAAAGCGAAGUUGAAAGCUGUGGAAGUGAUUAUUUUGGAGUACUCAUAAAAGCUUAUAAGGAAACUGAUAAAACCAAGAAAAUAACAAUACAAGACAUAAUUGAUGAGUGCAAAACAUUUUAUAUUGCGGGACAUGAGACUACCUCUAGUUUACUCACUUGGUGUAUGUUUCUUCUUGCAAUUCAUUCUGAUUGGCAGCAAAAAGCAAGGCAGGAAGUCAUUGAAGUAUUAGGCCAACAAAAACCUACUUCAGAUGAACUCACAAGAUUAAAGAUUAUGAGCAUGAUUGUCAACGAAACUCUAAGGUUAUAUGCUCCGAUUACCAAUCUGAUAAGGGAAGUUAAAAAGGGAAGCAAAUUAGGCAAGCUAUCAGCUCCUGCUAGAAUGGACUUACUCGUUCCACCUUUAGCUAUGCAUCAAGAUCCUGAGAUUUGGGGAGAUGAUGCUCACCUCUUUAAACCAGAAAGAUUUGCAGAAGGUGUAGCCAAAGCUACAAAGAAUAACAUUGCUGCUUUUGUUCCAUUUGGUUUGGGACCAAGAAAUUGUGUAGGCAUGAACUUUGCCCUAGCAGAAACAAAAAUUGCUCUCUCCAUGAUCCUACAGCGUUACAGCUUUACUUUGUCACCAAAUUAUGUCCACUCUCCUACUGUCCUUAUUGGGCUGUGCCCGCAAAAAGGUCUACAAAUCAAUAUUCAGGCAUUGUAAGAUUAUGUUUGGCUUAAGUAUUUGUAAGGCAUGUUGUAAUUUCCCUACAGGCAUAAUCUUGUCGUAGGACGAUGUGAUUCAAUCUCGAAGUCCACGAUUCAAUUU